CAAAACACAAACCCCUCACCCUAGACGGUCAUUUCUUAUAACGGACAUCUUAGCUCCCAGAACCCCGGACACGGGCAGAGCUCACCACCUCCCACUCUUAGCUCACAACUCCUUGCUUGAAAACUCCAAAAUGGCGGCCUAUGGGAGCGCAGGCGUCAAGCAGACGUUCACUCAAGUCUCGCACAAACACGUCACUGGCCGAGAUGACGACGAUGUCGAUGUGGACGUCGACGACAUGAACGAUGAGAUGGCGGGUGACGUCAGCACCAACGGCGACGACUGCCACUUCAGCAGUGAGUCAGACGAUGACGACUCCAACGACGAGAGGUCCCCCACCAAGCGGGGUAGCUCCAGCUCCUCCCCCCUGCUCAUCAAGACGAAGAAGCCGAGGAAAGCCCGGACAGCCUUCACUGACCACCAGCUGUCGGUCCUGGAGAAGACGUUUGAGAGACAGAAAUAUCUCAGCGUGCAGGACAGGAUGGAACUGGCGGCCAAACUCAACUUGACCGACACGCAGGUCAAGACCUGGUACCAGAACAGGAGAACCAAGUGGAAGCGUCAGACAGCUGUAGGUCUUGAGUUGCUGGCUGAGGCAGGCAACUACGCCGCUGUACAGAGGAUGUUGCAGACCAACCCCUACUGGUUCAACUACCACCCCCAGGCAGCAGCCAUCCUCUCAAAUCUAGACGCUCUCUACUUCCGCAACCCAGAGAACUCAAUGGCGCCCGCUCACCGGCCGCUGCUGCCCCGGAUGUUUAUUCACGGCUUGCAACAGCACGUCAGUCAACUUCCGGUUCAAAGUUCGCCAUCUUUGUACCCCACAGAGAACCGAGGUUGAAGAUGAACAAUGGCCGCUAAAGCUACUGGAGGCUUGGUCUCUAUUGGACUCAAAUGUAUACAAGACGCCAGUGCACUCAACGCAAGGAUUUCCAUCUUAAGAAGCCUUGAUUGGUUAAAGUUAAUUAGUCUCAUCAAACAAUGCCAGAACAACGCACUAAGGUCAAGAACUUUACUGUCAAGUUUUUGUUCAAGGUAUUUAAACGUUUUGGUCAAAAGUCUCACUGCGGAGAUUUUGGUGAGAGACUAACAAUAGAAGCAAUGUGACGUUUUUUAAUGUCCUACACUACAGAGAACUGCAACCAAAGACUGUACAGCAUACAUGUUGUUCUAGUGUUUACACUCCUAGGGUGUAGGUACAGACUU